AGGUUGGCAGUGGCCCUGGAAUGUUUGUGUUGUGUUGUUGACGACGGCUGCCCAUGGGCGUUUACUUUAACCUCAUCCCAUUUGAUACAUUUUAUAUUUUUGUUAAAUCCGUGCAUGUUUAAGUCGUUUUAAGAUAUCUAUAUUCCAUUUUAACUCGUUUGUAAUAAUUUGCUCCUGUCAGAAGUUAUAAUGAAUCCCAAGACACAAUGUGCUGUUUUGGUUACAGUAAUUGCAAUUUCAUCUCUAAUGCACACUGUUGAGUGCAUACGUUGUUACCAGUGCUCCUCUGGGCAAGAUCCUAAAGGGGAGGAUAAUUGUGGAGCCUAUGAUAAAUUUGACAAGAAUAAACACAUUGCUGUUGAAUGCACCAGUGAUGAAUCAAGUACACCUGGUUCUUUCUGUAUGAAGGUUACCCAGCAGGGACCAAAAGGUUUUAUUUGGGAUGGACGCUGGCGUCAAGUCAUCCGCCGAUGUGCAUCAGUUUCAGAAACAGGUGUCACAGGGGUUUGCAAUUGGGGUGUUUAUGAAAAUGGUGUGUAUUGGGAGGAAUGUUACUGCUCUGAAGAUAGUUGCAAUGGAUCUCACGAAAGUCAGAGUGUGUCAAAGAUGUUAAUCAUAAGUGCAGCAUGUGGCAUUAUUUCUCUCCAUUUCUUAAGAGUCUUUUGGUGAAAAGAAUUUGAGAUGGAUAGUUUCUUUUACUUUUAUGUCACCUAAAACAAUCUCAAUGCAAUCUCAAAUGUAACUUUUUAGUACAUUUUAUUUUUAAGUGCAAGAUCUUACAAAUUGAAAAGUUUAUUUUAUUCCUGAUUUAUGUGCCCAUCGAAGUGCUUCCAUAUUAGAAAGUUGUAUGUAUCAUUGUAUUGCAGUCAUUGCUUUCCUAUUCCUGUUAAAAAUGAGAAGGUGUCUUCUCAUUCUUUUUAAGGGGAUAGAUGGA